AAAAGUUAGGUAUGUAAACCAGUGGUUGUUUGUGUGACUAAAUUAGGGUGCGAUCGCUCGGUUCCACCCACCUCCGCUUGUCUGUGCGCCAUCUCAUGAAUAUUAAACAGAUUUCGGGGCAAUAAGACCCGGCCCCCUGCACCAACAGCAUCCAGCAGCGCAACAUUUCGCCGGGCUUUCAUCAGAACUCCUUGCUCUGAGACUGAAGAUUUUUUGGAGGGAAGAAAGAAGAAAAUGGCACUAAGAGGACCGCUUUCUCGUCUUCUCCGAACUCAACUCAGACGUACCUCCCAGCAAAGCAGACUUCAGUCUGUGGCUGUACUGGGAGCCCCGUUUUCAAAAGGACAGAAAAGAGGAGGAGUGGAGCAUGGUCCCAAAGUUAUCAGAGAUGCGGGUCUCAUCGAGAGGCUGUCCGCUUUAGACUACUCUGUUCAUGACUUCGGCGAUCUCAGCUUCCACCACCUCGAGCAGGACGAACCCUACAUGGACGUGAAGUUCCCGAGGACUGUGGGCGCCGCAAGCAAAAAGUUAUCCAGUGCAGUGAGCAGAGCCGUCGGCGCUGGGCACACUCUGGUCAUGUUGGGGGGAGAUCACAGCCUUGCUAUUGGAUCAGUGAGCGGCCAUGCCCAGCAGUGCCCUGAUCUGUGUGUCAUCUGGGUCGACGCUCAUGCAGAUAUUAACACGCCUAUGACCUCCCCAUCGGGAAACCUUCACGGCCAGCCUGUGGCUUUCAUGCUCAAAGAGUUGCAAGACAAGAUGCCUGAUAUUCCUGGGUUCUCAUGGACUAAACCAUUCCUCUCUUCACGGGAUCUGGUGUACGUCGGACUGCGGGAUGUUGACCCCGGAGAGCACCACAUCCUAAAGAAUUUGGGCAUCCAGUACUUCACCAUGAGGGAUAUUGACAGACUAGGCAUCCAAAGGGUCAUGGAAGUUACUCUUGACCAUCUUCUGGCAAGAAAACAGCGACCAAUCCACUUGAGUUUUGACAUCGACGCAUUUGACCCGUCUUUGGCUCCUGCCACAGGAACACCAGUGAACGGAGGUUUGACUUACAGAGAGGGGAUCUAUCUGACAGAGGAGAUUCAUAACACAGGUUUGCUGUCAGCCAUCGACCUGGUAGAAGUGAACCCCAUUCUGGGGCCCAACCAGGAAGCCGUGGAGGCUACCGCCUCUUUAGCGGUUGACGUCAUUGCAUCGUCUCUGGGACAGACGAGAGAGGGUGCUCACGCGUCCAUCCAUUCUAUUCCAGCAGAGAAAAGCGACACUGAGCAGCUCUGUCUCUGAGACCUUCAAGCACUUUUUCUGAACUUUAAACCAUGGCUGACCAUUCCACAACUUUACCUUCUGCUGUUAUUUAAAAUCUGGGAAAAAACAAACACCUUUCUGAAUCCAUAAACGAAAAAAAGAAAUGAAAGGGCUUUGAAAAUAUUUACAUUGGUCAUGUUGAGGAAUGACUUUAACAUCAUUUCUAACAAAAAAUGCACAUUUUGAUGAAACUAGUGCUAAUCUGAAAAGCAAUACUAAUUUAUUUUUGUUUAUUUGUAUGGUGUUUAAGAAAAGGGAUGUACCUGCCUCAACGGCAUGAACAGGUUUCACUUUGUGUAAUGUGCAUAGUCUGAUGUGGCCCCUUGCUGUACCAGAUAGGUUAAAGCUACUGCAGAAAUAUCACUCUUCAUUUUUGGACCAGCUGUGGUUACUGUAUAGCAGUUACAUUUGUACUAAACUAUAAACUUACCAGUACAUGCACUUUAAAUAACUGAUACAUCACUUUAAAAAUGUUUAGCAUUCACACAAA